GAGUUUCCCAGAAUUCCCAGCGGCCGCGGGGAAAGUUUACGGGACGUAGGCGGCGGCGGCGGUAGCGGUUACCAGGCGGCCCUCAACGGACCAUGGCCCUGGCCGGGCGUUUCUGGCCUCUGCUCACGGAGUUCUCGGGCAGCAUCGCGGAGCGAGCAGAUUUCCAGGAAGGAACUGACAAGUGACUGAGUUGUGGCCGGCGCGCUUAGCGCCCCGAACAUGCGGCAGUCCCUGCGGGCGACCCCGGGCUGCGGAGAGGCGGCGGCGGCGGCGGCGGCGGCUCGGGAGGGAAGGAGGCGGAGGCGCCGGCGGAGGUGGCGGCGGGGCCGGCCAUCGCCCUUCGCGGAGCCCUAAGGAGGCUGCUUGACGCGGCCUGGGGCCUCGUCGACAAGGAUGCUGUCCCGAAAGAAAACCAAGAACGAAGUGUCCAAGCCCGCCGAGGUGCAGGGGAAGUACGUGAAGAAAGAGACGUCGCCUCUGCUGCGGAAUCUCAUGCCUUCAUUUAUUCGGCAUGGUCCCACAAUUCCAAGACGAACUGAUAUCUGUCUGCCAGACUCAAGUCCUAAUGCCUUUUCAGCAUCUGGAGAUGGAAUAGUUUCCAGAAACCAGAGUUUCCUAAGAACUCCAAUUCAAAGAACACCUCAUGAAAUAAUGAGAAGAGAAAGCAACAGAUUAUCUGCACCUUCUUAUCUCGCCCGGAGUCUAGCAGAUGUCCCUAGAGAGUAUGGCUCUUCUCAGUCAUUUUUAACAGAAGUUAAUUUUGCUGUUGAAAAUGGAGACUCUGGUUCCCGAUAUUAUUAUUCAGAUAAUUAUUUUGAUGGUCAGAGAAGGCGCCCACUUGGAGAUCGUGCACAUGAAGACUAUAGAUACUAUGAAUACAACCACGAUCUCUUCCAAAGAAUGCCACAGAAUCAGGGGAGACAUGCUUCAGGUAUUGGGAGAGUUGCUGCUACAUCUUUAGGAAAUUUAACUAACCAUGGUUCUGAAGAUUUACCUCUUCCUCCUGGCUGGUCUGUGGACUGGACAAUGAGAGGGAGAAAAUACUAUAUAGAUCACAACACAAAUACAACUCAUUGGAGCCAUCCUCUUGAGCGAGAAGGACUUCCUCCAGGAUGGGAGCGAGUUGAGUCAUCAGAAUUUGGAACCUAUUAUGUAGAUCACACAAAUAAGAAGGCUCAAUAUAGGCAUCCCUGUGCUCCUAGCGUACCUCGGUAUGACCAACCCCCUCCUGUCACAUAUCAGCCACAGCAAACCGAAAGAAAUCAGUCCCUUCUGGUACCUGCAAAUCCAUAUCAUACUGCAGAAAUUCCUGACUGGCUUCAGGUGUAUGCUCGAGCCCCUGUGAAAUAUGACCACAUUCUGAAGUGGGAACUCUUCCAGCUGGCUGACCUGGAUACAUACCAGGGAAUGCUAAAGUUGCUUUUCAUGAAAGAACUGGAACAGAUUGUUAAAAUGUAUGAAGCCUACAGACAGGCUCUUCUCACAGAGUUGGAAAACCGCAAGCAGAGACAGCAGUGGUAUGCUCAGCAACAUGGCAAGAAUUUUUAAGUUAAUUUUUUAAAAAUAAAAUUUAAGUUUUGUAAGGGCUUUAAAGUAUUUUCACAGAUUAGAAAAACUGCAAACAAGUACUUUGGUUAAUAAAGGCAGCUUUUUGGAAAUUAAAAAUUCUAAUUUUACAUGUAUUUUGUUAUUAAAAAUAUUUUGAGAAAAAAAUGAUUAUUAUUUUAAGAGCCGACACAGCAAACACUUCUAAAUGCUAUAUAUUAGAAACUGCUUUGAAUAUUCUCAGUGAAGACAAAUGCAGCAAGAAAUGUCUCAUUAUAACCAGAUAUUAAAUAGGAAUGAUCACUUGGUAAACUUGGACAGUAGCAAUAUCUUUCUUUAAAAAACAGAACCUAUGCAGUAUUUAAAAAAAAAGAUGUGUACUGCUUUAAUAUGGAAUAUUAUCUGGAAUCAGUUAGUUUAAAUAUUACCAUUGUGCAGUUCAAAACACAGAAUGGGAUUUGGGACCUUAAUUGUGAUAAAUGUAUAUAUAUAUAAUAUAUAGGGUUCCCUCCCAAAACGUAAAGAACCCUUUUGAAACAUGUUGAGAACAUAUUUUUUGGUAUGAAAGGGUAAAGGGCCUGUAAUUUUUUAGGAAUAAAUGUAGGCAUAAGGUCUUAGCCUGUAUGGGAGAGGUGUAUACAGCACUCAAAAGUUGCUAUCACUUCCUUACUUUUGACCAGGGCUCUUAAAGCAUUUAGUACCAUGGCUCUGAGACAGUGGUGGGUCCCCGACAGUAUGUAGCACACUGCCAUCCCCACAGACUGGGUUGAGCUGCCAAAAAUGACAAUCAGGGAUUCAUUAAGAAAUCUUGGUCAUUAAAUUGAUUUUACACAUUUUUAUCUUCUAAGGAUUUGUCAUAGAACUUUAAAACCUACCAUUUCCCUCCCAGAUUUUUUCCUUUUAAUAGUUAAGACAUUGUUCAUAAUUAGUACAGUACAUUUGAUUACAGAAAAAUUUAUGGCAUUUUUAGCCUAUAGAUCUCUAGAAUUCUGUGAAUUUCAAUAUUAAUUGAAGUAGCUCUUCAGUUACAUUUACAUGUGUUGUAAAUAUGUAAAUAUAUUUUUAGUUUAGGUAAUCUUCCAAAAUACAAAGCACUCCAAGUUAGUUAUCCGUGAGUUUGAAUUGAUAAAAUGUUGAAAAUGUUAAAUGUUUGAUUUUAUAUAACAAGCUUAUUAAAUAUAUUUUUGUGGAAA